AUGGAUGGAGACAGAGCUCCUGCUCCUUGGCAACGAGGCAGAGGUCAAGCAUUUGGCAACAACUUCUCCGGUCACAGACAAAAUAACGGUUGGGGGGAUAAUAAUAAUAGAGGCCCACGAGACAACAACCCAUAUCAGAACCAUCGAGGAGGUGGAAGAUUCCAAAAUAAUAGCAGAGGCAAUGGAUCGCCACAUGGUCAAUACCAUGGAGAUCAAAGACAACCUGAUUAUCAACAACAACAGCAGAUGCACCAGCAGCAACAAUAUAAUAAUGGGCCAUAUCCACCACCACCAUGGCAGCCGCAUCAACAACAACCGCCGUAUCCUCAAUAUAAUAAUGGAUAUGGAGAUCCAGGAAGGAUGCCUAUGUCUGCUGAACAAGCUUACUAUCAACAGGGCGAUCAACAGCAAGCUCCGAUGAAUGGUUGGGCAGCACCUCCACCUCCAUUACCGCCACAACAACAUCAGAUGCAUCAGCAGCAACCGCAGCAGCAAGCAAUACCGCCAUGGGGUGGAGUGCGUUAUGGAGUACCACCACCUCCUCCUAUACAACCUCCUCCACCAAUGCCGAAUUCACAACAACGUAUGCUAGGAGAACCAGUUCGCGGACCGCCACCUCCAAUGCCUGCAUUCGCAUCACCAAGCAAUCUUAAUCAUAGUAAUAGUAAUAAUAAUAGUAGUGUUAGCAGAAAUGCGGGUGAUGAUAUGGAGGUUGACAAGGACACAACACGCUUAUCCUUAUCCGCACCUCCUUCUGGAGGACAACAAAAGCAACAAGGUGGUGGAAUGCCUCAAAAGACUGCUGCGUCUGAUUCCAACAAGCCCAAAGCUGCACCAAAGUUUGCUGGGAAAAGGAAUAAAAUAUCCAUGUCAUUCAGCAAGUCAACAGCAGCUCUACCUAAAUCAAAGCUGUCGGAUAGUGCAGGUGCAUCACCCAGUGAUGACUUUGUACAAAAGAUACCUAAACCUAAACAGCCUCAAUCGAAUUGGAAGAAGACUGCACAGGCUGUUUUGAGUGGAGACAAGCCAAAGACUGCAGUUUUACCAGAAAUGCCGUUGCCAUCUCAAGUGGUGGAUGCUGCUGCAGCUGUUGCUUUGGCUGUUGCUGCAGCUGAUUCUGCUGUCGGUGAUCAGAAAGUAGUAGCGCCAUUGGAGGUAGAAUCAAUAUCGUCUCAUGGCGCAGCUGAUACUACUACCACUAUAACUACGAGUGAGGUUAUAGUACAGCAGCCAUCAACUACUACAAGCCAUGAUCAUCCAAUACAACCACCUAGUAAUUUACCGACAAGUCAAUAUCCAACUUUACCAACUCACGCAUUCCCACCGAAAACGCAGCCAAAACGACAAGUUAAUCCAUGGGAUGCUACGUCACCAUUACCAAUGAAUAAUGCAAUGAGUAGUAAUAGCGGUCCUCCUAUAAUACCUCAUCGUCCUCCUCCUCCACCUCCGCCUGUAUAUAAUCAACCACCUAGAGCGAAUGCAUGGGAAUCAGGACCAGCACCAUUGCCAUCUCAACAACAGCAGUUUAAAAUGUCGCAACAGCAGCAAAGACUAUCACAACAGCAACAACUUCCACCGCCACCUCCACCACAAUCUAUUCCUCCUUCACAACUACCACCAUUUCCACCAUCGCCUAGUAAUUCUCCUUGGCAUCAACAGCAUCAGCCUCCACAAACAAAGGAAGAGAUGGAAGCUAGUAUGGAUGAGCCCACAAGGCUGACAUACAUUCCUGUAACUACCACUCUCGGUCAUUAUGAGAGACUGAAUCAAGUCGGAGAGGGUACAUAUGGUACAGUCUACAAGGCGAGAGAUAAGAGGAAUCAGGCUCUUGUAGCUCUGAAGAAGGUUCGAAUUGAGCCUGAUAAAGAUGGGUUUCCUAUAACUGGUAUUCGAGAAAUCAAGAUCUUGACCACAUUGCAUCAUCCGAAUAUUGUCAAGUUGAACGAGAUUGUCUCAUCUAGAGAUCGGAUAGACUUGGUGUUUGAAUACAUGGAUCAUGAUUUGACUGGUCUAUUUGCAAACACAGCCUUCAAACCCUCACCUGCUCAUAUUAAAUGUCUAAUGCUCCAAAUGUUUGAAGGACUUCGAUUCUUGCAUAGUAAAAACAUCAUGCAUCGAGAUCUUAAAGGGUCAAACUUGCUUAUAAGUAAAGAGGGAGCAUUGAAAAUUGCAGAUUUUGGAUUAGCUAGAUAUCUAGCAAAAUCUUUGCCACAUAAAGGGCAGUUACGUGAAAUGGACUACACGAAUCGAGUCAUCACUUUGUGGUAUCGCCCACCAGAGUUGUUGAUGGGUGCCACAAAGUAUGGAGCUGAGAUUGAUAUGUGGUCUGCAGGUGUCGUAUUUUUGGAGUUCUUCAUCAGAAAGACUGUUUUUCCUGGUGAAUCUGAAAUCACUCAGCUCGAGUCCAUCACCAAGAUAUGUGGAAGUCCUGAUAGUAGAUCGUGGCCUGAUAUGCAUCGAUUGCCGUGGUAUGAUAUGAUGCUCAAGGGUAAACCACCACAUUCUAGCAAGUUGCACAUAUACAAAGAUACUAUGUCGAAAUUAGCGUUCGAGUUGAUGGAAUGGCUGCUGCAAAUGGAUCCCAAGAAACGGCCAACUGCUGAAGAAGCAUUGAAUCAUCCGUAUUUUCGUGAAGAGCCACAAGCAUGUGAACUUGACGAAUUACAGGCCAUAUUACCAAUAGAAGAUUGGCACGAAUGGGAGUCUAAGAAACGCAAGGAAGCAUGGAGAGAGGAAAGACGGCAUGCUCCUUCACCUAUAGAUGUUACAGGCUGGGUGCUACCAGCAGCUCCCAAAGUAGACUCAACAGCACCAAGCAGUAUUGUGCCGUCUACUGAAAUCACGCCUGUAGCUGGUAAACCACCUUCAUCAGUCUUGACAUCUGCCAAACCAACUCCAAAGUUGAAUGCUGCUGCAACUGGUACUAGUGUAACUCCUGUCAUGUCAGCAGCACAAGCUAAAGCCGAAGCAUUCAAGCAACGAAUGAAGGCACUUGUUACUGCUCCUGCUCCGCCACCUUCGCAGAUAGUGGAAGCAGUGCCAUCAACACCUGUAAUAGAAGCUCCGAAAAUGGUUGUUGGUGAAGGGAAGAAGGCUGAAGCUAAAGCAAGGAAAGCUGAAGCUGAUGGUGGUAAGAAGGAAUUACAACGAACUCCUAAAAAGGCAACUGCAGUUGAGAAGCAAGUCAAGGAGGGUGAUAAGGUCAAGGAGGCGCUUGUAGAAAGGAAUUUGGACGAGGAGAAGAAGGCUAGUGGAGUUAAAUCUAAAAAAGUGGUUGAUGCUACUACGGCUCCUGGUAACAAAAAAUUCACCAUUAAGUUAAAAUCCAACUCUCAACCAUCCACACCUACUGACUCGCCUCAAGAAUCCAAAGGGGCGGGAAGAACGCUUAAAUUAAAGGCACCCAAACCUCCAAAUGUUAUAAGUAAUAUGGAUGUAGAUGUGUUUGAUGGUGAAGAUGGUGUUCCAUAUGAUGGUACGCUAGAUGAUGCAGGAAUAGAUAUGCAUAUCUCAGCAUCCAAAAAGAAGAGGAGGAGAGGUGUAUUAGAAGAAGUAGAUGAUGGCGGUGGUGCACCUACCUUAUCCAAAAAAGCCAAGAAGGAUGAUGGUGCUAGUACUAAAUCACGUCGCCGUAAUCCUAAUAAUAGCAGCAGUACCGUCAAUAAUACCACGACGAGUCGUCAUGCUAGCCAUAGUCAUCGCACGGCAGCCACAGCACUAGGAGUACCACCAGCUAUAGUGAAUCCCUUCCCACACUUGGAUGCAAUUGAUGCCACUAUGCCGACACCACCGAUUUAUCAACCGUCACCACCACGAGAGCAACGUCAUUCAUCAAGCGAUUAUGAACUACUUGAAAAGUUUUCACUAGUGCCACGAAAUGUCAUUGCAAAUCCUGUGCAUCCAACUGUUGCGUCGGCUAUUGGGUAUGAACAUAUUAAUACUAUUUCGCUAGAGUAG